CGUGGAAAGCGAAAUCACUCUUGGAUUAAUCGCCAUUAAAAUCAUUAUUAUAUCGAUUUUUAUUAAUUCAAUUUUAAAAUGUGAAGUGAAAGUUUAAUUUACAUUAAUUGAUAAUAAAAAUUAUCGACGAAAGAAGAAUAAUCAUGUUUAAUAGUCGACAUAAGAAGAAACAGUUGUUGAUUACGAGAAACAAACGUGAGGAAAAUUAAUAUAUAAUUUACGGCCACGCCGCUUUGGAUUGUACGACUUUUCCGACAUUUUCCAACUUUUUUCAAAAAUGCGAAUUUUUUCAUCCUAUUUUAUUAUCAAUAAUGCUUCUGGUUAAUCAAUUAUGUGCCUCUGUACAACCGACUGAAGAAUGUUUAGUUAAAGCUACUUCUGAGUAUUUAACAUCACUUUUGAAAAAUGGUGCUACAUUUCAAGAUCAAACGUUGAUGAUUUGUAAACGAUGGCUUUUGGAAACUCUAGAAUAUUCAGAAUCGGAAUCACAAAUUGACGUUCUUAUUGCGCUACAAACAUUUUUUUCAACUUGUGCCUAUAGUAAUUAUUCUCAAGACAUAAGAAAAUUAUUGGGAGAAAAUUCCCUAUUAUGUCGUUUCCUUUAUAGUUCGGGUUCCCAUAGUGACGAACUAAAUUUUCAUUCAUUAUGUUGCUUGGAAGCAAUAUUAAUAAACAAGGAAAAAAAUCAAAUCACCAUGUCAAUAGAUUAUUUACUACUAAUCAAAGAAAUUGUACUGAAAAUUUUAUUUUCAUCUCUUGAAAAUGAAAAAUAUUUCAAAAGAAAAAUUUGCACAUGUGUACGUAUUUUACGGAUCAUUAGUAGUGAAAAAGUAAUUAUUAGUUCUGUGGAUAAUAUCGGUGAAUUACUAGGCGUAAUACAGGCUUUUCUAUUUUGUGGUAUUAAAGAUUAUCCAUUUCUAAUUCCACAACAACUUCGUCCAGCAAUUAUGAAUAUACCAGUAAAUACAUGUACAAUUUCAAAAACAAAGUGUACAAAAAAAACAAGAUCAAAAAAACAAUUACCCCCAAAAGCAGUAACUAAUACAAAAAAUGAAUCAUCAUCAAAUCCAAAAUUUAUUCCAAAAUUCUCUAGUGAUUCUGAUACAUCAGAUACUGAAUUAUCAUUUGAUUUAAUACAAAUGGAUUCGAAAAUUCGACUUGAAACUGUACAAUUAUUGUACAAUAUUGUUAUGAAUUUUUCAAGUCGUGAAUUAUUUGGUUAUUGGACACAAAUUGUUGCCAGUGGUUCACAAAUUAAUGCUCGUGUAUUAACGAGACUUAUUUUAAAGGAUUCAUCAUAUAAAGUGAGACAAAUAUCGUGGAUGAUAAUGUGUGAACUUCUCAGAGGUUCUAGACAUAUUUUACAACAUGCUGAAGAUAAUGAACAUUCUUCAUUUAUAACAGUUUUUGCACUUUUAAGUUCAGUGAUAAAAGAAAUACAUUAUACGGUGUCAUUAUCAUUAAAUACUGAACACAAUGUUGCUGUUUUAAUACAUGUACUCAAAUGUGCAUCAACAUUAGCAGAAUGUACACCUUAUCAUCGUUUAAAACCUGAACUUGCUUCGGAAUUAAUAAGAAAUUGCAAAAAUCUAACAAUUCACAAAGAUCCGGCAGUAAGAGUCGCUGCACUUGGAGUAUUUGAAAGUUUGGCUUCAUCAGAACCAAUUACACCAGAAAUAAUAAAUAGUUUCGAAAUGUCUUGUGGCAAUGAUGAUUCUAAAUGUUUGCCUCUGAAAAAUUGUGGAUCGUGCCAUGUUCAUAAUCAAAACGAACUGCAUAUUGAAGGCUCAAGUAAUCAUAAUAGCAUAAAAGAUUUUAAAUUAAAAUACGAACAUGAUAAAGAAAUUAGCUGGAUAUUAAAAAUUUGCUUAGAAAAUAUUUCUGAUGAGACAGUAAGUGUUCCUGUACGACUUCAAUCUUUAAAAUUACUGGGCGUACUUGCUGAUAAUAUUGAAAAUCUUAUUUAUCCACAUCUUACGAUAAUGGCCGAAAAAUUAAUUAUAGCUGCAAAAGACUCAGUACCGCAAAUAGUUCUUCAUGUUUUUCGUGUUAUUGAUACUAUUGCUAAUCAACUUGAGACAAAUAAUAAAAAAGACGAUGCGAUUAUAUUGUUUUGGAAUAUUAUUUGCGAGCCAGUAAUUAAUCUUUUACAACAUUCUGAAGCAAUUUUAAAGGAAGUUGCUUGCAAUUGUUUAGGUAACAUUGGAACGAACGUUUUUUCACAAUUGACGAGAGAAAAAAGUAUAUUAAUAAUUACAUUAUUAUUUGGUGCAACUCGUGAUCAACAAAGUGCAGUUAGAGCUGCAGGCCUACGAACUUUAGGACUUUUAGUAACAUUAGCUGCAUUAGAAGAAAGUACUGGAUUUCUGAUGGAUUUAGCUGAUAUUACAUGUUUAUCUUUGUUAGAUGAAAAUCUUGGUGUACGCAUAAAAGCCGCGUGGGCAUUAGCUAGUUUAUGUGACUGUCUUAUUAGGAUAGAAAAUAAUACAGAGCUAGAAACAAUACAGUUAGAUAUUUUAUUACCAAAAAUUUAUGAAUCAAGUGUCAAGGCAGCAAAAGAUAGUGACAAAGUCAAAUGUAAUAUAACAAGGGUCAUUGGAAGUAUUUUGUAUUUGAGUUCUAAUUGUCAAAUUUUAGCUGACACUUCAGAAGGUUUGGAAUCUCUUAUUGAGUGUGCAACUCUCAGUAAUGAUCAGAAAGUUAAAUGGAAUGCUUGCCGUGCUAUAGGACUGAUUUUAAGUCGUGAGCCGGAUUCUAUUCUUCCUACUUCCUGGAAAGAUCAGGUAUUUCCAACAUUGUCAAAAUUGAUACGUGACAGUAUAAAUUUUAAAGUGCGCACAAAUGCUGCUUGGGCUAUUUCAGUUUGUAAUUCUUAUGGUAAAUAUAUUGUAUCACUGUGGAAAAGUGUGAUAUUAGCUUUAGAAAAUUCACAACAUGUACCUAAUUAUGUUGAAUAUGCACAUAGAGACAACCUUGUUCAGCAGUUGUGCCUAACACUCAGUCAUCUUGCUGUUCAUACACACAUGAAAGAUUUACUAUCACUAUGGACGGAAAUUGGAGAUCAUGUUGAAGAUGUUACAAUUUAUAUGAAACAAUUUCAGAAUCAUAUAUUACCUGAAAAAGCCGGCGAUGUGAUAAAUGCUCAAAUAACAUUUUCUAAAUAUAAACGAGAAUGUUCUACACUGGAGGAAAGAGAAAUUGCAAAUACGUUAGAAAAUUUGUUUACAUAAUGAUGGUCAUAACAAUGAUUUAAAAUUAUUUAUUAAAAUAAUAUUGGACCUACUGAAUUCAUCAUUACGAAGAAUUCGACGACUUCAAUUAUCAUCACAUUGCAAGAGAAAAUCAGGUUAUGUUCUACAAUAUAAUACAACUUGAAAAAAGGUAUGAAUUUAAAAUAGAUUCAAACUUCAACAAAAUAUCCUUUCGGAUUUACUGCGUUAUAAUUUUAGCCUUAUUAUAAAUCGUUUUAAUUUAUUUCAACUAAACAAAUUCUUGACAUAAUCAGUGGCGGAUCCAGAUUUUGCUCCAGGGGUGAUAACCUUUAGGAGCAGUAUUUGAUGACCAAAAUGUUGGUAACCUUUUUUUUAGUUAUAAUUUUUCGUCCUGUAUCCGCCACUGAACAGAAUAGUAUUAUGCAAAUCAUGUUUCUUAACACUGUAAAACUUUAGUAAUGGUAACUCCAGUGAAUUGAAUGUGUGAUUGUAGUCUAACAUUUUUACUUCUAAUGAAAAGAAGUAUCAAUUGCGAAAGCUAUUAAAUAGAUACAUCAAAAAGACUAGAGACAGGAGGGGUAGCUUGGGUGGUGGAGUAUGAUAGAAAGAGUGGUCAGUGAAGGAAGUCAUUUUCCUUUUUUCAUUAUCGCUCUCUGUAGUAAUAUACCGCUGUUACUCCUCCUGUCUCUAGUCAUCUUGAGACUUCCGAAAAAUUUGGAAAGGGUUCUUUCGAAUUUGAAUUAAAUAUUAGAACUAUAAAUAUGUUACAUCCCCCCUGACCUGAUCAGGACGAGCAUUAUGCUCCUAAUAACACGAAAUAAUUUGUUGUGAAAUCUAUAAAUUCUACACUGCUUUAAUUGUUCGAAAAUUUGUGACCGGUAAAUUUAAAAUAUUGACCCGAAAAUUGCCGGGAAUACAAUUUUUAUAAAAAAAUGUCCACCACCCUGUGCUUUCAUAUUCCUUUUCUUAUACCGCUUUGAAUCCUUUGAAAUCUACAAAAAAAAGAAGCAAACAUUUUGCAAUAAAUAAAAGUUCCUUUCGAAAUGUGUAAAUGUUUUCAAAAUCAUAUGAGAGAAUUCACCUGAAGUAAUCAUGGUAGAAAAACGUUUUUUUCAAUUGAAUAAUGAAAAAUAUUUUAACUUCAUUACCAAUUUCAAUAGCUUUUUUGACGAUCUUUAAAAUCAAAAUAAAAUAACCCGGACAGCACCGAAACUUCCCUGAACCUUGACUGGACCUCGCUUGACGAGGUUCGGGAAUUUGAGUCGCGAGGUCCAAACGAGGUUGAGUUGAUGUUUAAAUGUCCGCGCAUAAUAAAGGUCAGUCACAGAGGUUGGCUGAAUAUUGGAUUUGAAUUUCUGUUAAAUAUUAACAUUAAAGAUUCUUGGCAUAUUGUGAGGGGAUAUUUAAGGAAAUUAUUCAUCAUAACUGUUUCUCGCAGUUGAGGUGCCAUUAGAUUGGUAUAUAAGUAGUGAUCGAAAAUUUUUUUCUUGUCGAAUUUUUUUUUCUGCCCCAUGUCUCUCCUAUUUUUUGGAUUUGAGACAAAUUCUUUUUUGGAAGAAAUGGUUUCACUAAUACUUUGAUGACCAUUUUUUUAAUUUAAUUUAA